GUCGAAGGCGCCCAGCAAAAGAGUGACCCGUGCCCUUGUGGCACACCACAGGCACCACCCCUCCCUGCGGUUUGGACCACGGCCGUCAUCUUUUGAUCCCAAGCAUGGCAGAUCUUAGCAGCCCAGGAAACCCUACCGCGCUAGUGGUUGUCGCUGCUGCUUCUCUGCCGUCCCAUCUUGUAGUCAUUCCCUCCUCAUCCUCAGAUUCCUCUCCGUCUUCUCCGUCAACCCGUUCCUCACGCCUCACAAGCAAGAGACUUUCAAUUAUUUUUUUCUUUCCCCAAAACACGCGAUCAGGAUUGUCGCUGGCCUUUGACUGUCUUGUCUGUUGUUCACCAUACCAUUGGCAUUUAUCUCCUCGCGGCCUUUCCUGUGCCGCACAUCUCGCGUCACCGUUGUUGCCCUCUGUACCAGCCUCAGUCAUCAGUCUUCGUCAGGCGAGGCCCUCGUUCCCUAUCAAACCUCAUCUCCGCCUGGACACACUUGGCCGGGAACGUCGUACAGCAACUUCCAUAUUCGACCAUCGUUGCUCCGAAGAGGAGGCAUCACGGGCUUGAAGAAACAUCUUGUCGUCGCUCACAGCGGUUGGCUGUAACAUUCGGAGCUUGACAAGACCACAUUGGGAACAAUCUUUGGCAACAACGAUGGCUUUGGUCCCUCAUCCGUCGCCCCCUGGCGUGCUGGGUCUGCAGCCACCUCAUCUGGGUCAAUACAAUGGGGCGGCUCCAGUUGACGCACAUAUGCAACGCCAACGGCUACUUUCCCAACUGAAUGAGUCUACAUGGCAGCGAAUAGGUAUGUCACUGACCCAUUCCCACCUCCUAUGCUU